UUGGUAAUGGUACAGUCCGAUCUGAAGACCAGUGGGAGACUUGGUUCGGAAUAGUGGGAAACUUCCCCCACUCCUCAUCCGCUGCUUCCUUUCUCCCAGAUUCCGCCUGAUACCUUUUUAUUUAACUCCUCCGUGGAGCAGCCGCGGCCACCGGCGCCUCCGUGAACAGUCUGCUUCUGUUUUAAUCGUUGUAAUUGGACGCGUUCAGGACGGUUUGCUUCCCGGUGCGUCCAGGACAUCGGGUGCAACUGGAGUGACUCAAAGUUUCCCCACGUUCCGCCUGAGGAAUGAGAGAACUGCUGGAGGGGAAGAGCCGGAACUCGCAUAUUUGAAUGAACAAACGAACAGACAGCGAAGGCAUUGCCGCUGAAAUGGAGGAAAAUACUCUGCCAGGAACAACAUCUCCCCACUCAGAUCUGAACACACACCUUACGAGGCCUGACCCGGAGGGGGAGAGCUGCCCCCCGAAAACAGACGCCACCCAGAGAAUGGAGUCUCCAGCUAAGAAGGAUCCAGACCAGAGAUUGACUAACCCCACAAAAUCGGAUGCCACCUCUCAUUCGCUUGCGUCACCUGUCCCCAGGUUGAAACGAGACAUCAUGAAGUCAGAGGAGAGGCAGAAGCUUGCCAAGGAGCGGAGAGAAGAAAAGGCCAAGUUUCUGGAAGAGCUCAGCACAUUGCAAGCUGCCAAAAAGACCCAGUGGCUGGAGAAGGAGGAAAAGGCACGGCAGCUUAGGGAGCAGCAGCUGGAGGAGCGCCGCAGGAAGCUCGUGGAGCAGCGGAUUAAGGCAGAAAAACGACGAGCCGCCCUGGAGGAGAGGCAGAAACAGAAACUGGAGAAGAACAAGGAACGCUAUGAGGCAGCCAUCCAUAGGUCAACUAAGAAGACCUGGACAGAAAUCCGCAAACAAAGAUGGUCCUCGGCUGGUGCGCUAAUCCAGAACACCAGCCAGAAAGAGGGCAGAUGCUCUGUGUCGGCGGUCAACUUGCCCAAACAUGUGGACUCUGUUAUAAACAAGCGACUCUCCAAAUCCUCCGCCACGCUCUGGAACUCCCCAAGCAGAACCCGUAGCCUUGCCCUGAGUCCAUGGGAGAGUAGUAUAGUCGACCGGCUGAUACGCAGUGCUGCCAGUGUCCUCAGCAGUGGCAAAGAUGGCCACUCUCCUCUCUGCCCCCGUUCGGCCUCAGCCAGUCCCCUCACCCCAUGCACCCACCAGCCCCACCACCGCUGCUCCGACCGCUGGAGGGUGACAUCCAGCACACCUGACAUCGCCCAGCGUCAACACAGACGGAGCUACACACCAAUGGAUAAAAACAAAAAGGAAAAGAGAGACAAAGAACGGGAGAAUGAUAAGGAGAAAAGUGCCCUCACUAAAGAGAAGGUGCUCAAGAAGAGGCAGUCUCUACCCAAUAUGAGACAUAGACCUGACCCAAGUCCCAGUCCUUUAGCGAGACAACGACCAUCAUCUCCAGCCACACCUAAGAACAGAACUGCCUCUCCCAGCCCUGCUGCCUCUCCCAAGCCUUCAUCAAUACGUGGGAGCCCGUCAACCCCUAAAGGUCGGCCCAAACGAGCCAGGACCCCUGCCAGGAUAGACCAUCGAUCCUCCAGUCCUGUUCCCCUUGAGAGAGUGAAGGAGCCUCAUAGGAUUGCGACCCCUGAGAAAAAGACUUCCUCUGUAGUUCCUGCCAUCGUAGUGUCCUCGGCUGCCGCCUCAUCCCAUGUAUCAAACACACCAGUUACAACCACAGCCACUUCCUCCUCACCUGAGCCAGUCCACUCAGCUACAUCUGUCCCUGCUGUAUCACCUGCACCCUCUCCCUCAGCCAAGCCCAUGGCAGGCACCAACGACCCAGAAGAGGCCGCUCGAAUACUGGCAGAGAAACGCAGACAGGCCCGGGAGCAGAGGGAGAGGGAGGAGCAGGAACGGCGUGAACAGGAAGAGAAGGAGAGGAUCCUGAGAGAAGAGCGAAUAGCAAGGGAGGCAGAGGAGAGGUGGCGCAGGGAAGAGGAAGCCCAGGCCAUGGCUGAGGAACAGCGGAGGAGAGAUGAAGCCCAGCGCCUGCAGGCAGACCAGGAGGCCCAGGAGAGAGCCAAAGCAGAGCAGGAGGAGAACCUACGCCUGCAAAAGCAGAAAGAAGAGGCCGAGGCUAAAGCCCGGGAGGAGGCAGAGAAGCAGCGUCUCGAGAGAGAGAAACACUUUCAGAAGGAGGAGCAGGAGAGGCUGGAGAGGAAAAGGCGCCUAGAGGAGAUCAUGAAGCGGACACGCAAGACGGAUGGAGGUGACAAGAAAGAGACUAAGUCCUCUCCACUAGUGCAUGGCAAUGACAAAGAGGCAGAGAGCAGCAAAGAAUCUGUUGACUAUCAGCCAAAGCCAGAGGUCAUUGUGGCCAUUAAGACUGAAAAUGGACAGACCAAUGAAAGCAGCCACUCAGUCCAAAUGGUCAAUGGGCUCGAGCUUACAAGACAUGAAAAUGGUCUGUCCACCAAAGGAGACACCACUCAUUUUGAUGACAUCAUCCAUCUCACCAACCAUGGCAACGCCACUAACGGGGCACGGGAUAAGUCAGAGACCAGUAUGGCCACUGAGCCAAUCCUCUCUUUUGAAAGUGAAGAGUCAUUCAUGAAAAAGACAGGCCCAAUAAAGCCUCAGCAUGUUGCAGAAGUGCUGUGACAUGUGCCAGGGUUGAAGCGCUCUUCACCUUAGGCCACUGACCUUUCCCUGCCCUGCCAACGCUUACAUGGGGAGCCCUGUGACCUGUGCCACUCAACCUUAUUCUAAGCCCCUAAAGCAAAGAUAAUUCACACUGAAGUUCAACGGGGCCACAGAAGAAGACUACUAAGCACCAGGACACAAAGCAAAAGACAAAAACAGGAUGAAAGGUGUUGCUGCAUGCAUCAGAGAAGUCUUUGAUUCCAUGCACCUUAAUACUAAACGGUAUCAUCCUUUGUACAUUACAGUACAGAUGAGUAAUUGUCAUAAGCUGAGAAAGAAGUAUUUGUUUUCUUGUUCUUUAGUUAUUUAACUGAAAGAGAAGUAUAAAAGACUGGGAUCAUUUUUGUGAAUAAUGUAAAUGAACUUUGUGUCAAAGAGAAGGAAGGUCUGUGGAUUCAAUUUGUAUGAAAGAGAGUCAUUUUACAGUAUACUACUGAUACUGUAUACUCUGCUCUGAGUAGACCCAAGUACAAACAGGUAUACAUCCUGUAAAAAGCUACUUGUAACUUUUUUUGUAAAGUUAAACUGAGAAAUUUGGAAAGACAUUAGAAAUGUAAAUUAACAUGCAAUGGCUUCUUCCUGCGUAUAAGCAUACUUUGUUCAUACCUAAAACUAGCUAUGAUUGAUUGUAUGCAGAACUAGAUGUAAUAAGUAUGCAACCUUCACGAUCAAACAGCAAGACGUAAUCUAAGGUCAAAUCCCUAUAAAAAGGGAUUUACUCCACUAUUUAACUGUUUUUACAUGUGUAAGCAUGACUCGGUUUUCUUUCAUUUGCAUUGAGAUUCCAUGGACUCGUGUAUUUGAAAUGCUGGCAUGUGUAAAUGCUAUAAAUAUAUUUUGAUGUGUGCUACAAGGUCAGUGGGAGUGUCUCAAGUCUUAUUAAAGAGGAGCU